AUGUCCGCUUUUGUUUUCGAAACAGGUAAUGAAAAAGCAGGAAGCCAUCAGAUCAAAAUGCUGGACAAUGUGACACAAAACAAUUCCACCUGCACUGUCAGUUCCAGCGUGGAACACAUUGUCAUCCCCAUCAUGUACUUGGCCUCUUUUCUUGUCAGCCUGCCCGGGAACUGCCUAUCGAUCUACGUGGCAUGUUUACAAGUGAGACGUGAGAAUGAGAUUGGUGUCUACCUGCUGAAUCUAUCUUUUGUUGAUUUCUUAUACACAUCCACAUUCCCUUAUUGGUUCAUUGAAUACCUCGAUGUCCAUGCGAGUGUGCAACUGUACAAUCUGCUCACCGUUGUGACUUACACUAUGAUGUACUUGAGCCCUGCUUUCCUCUGCUGUAUCUCCGUGGACCGCUUCCUGGCGACAGUCUAUCCACUGAGGUAUUUUGGUCUCCGCUCUAUGAAGGCAGCUGUCGUAGCCAGCGCAGUCUGCUGGAUUAUUGAGUUGAUGUGCCAUGCAUUGCUGCUCCACAAGCAGGAUUUCUUUUCCGUCUUCAGUUUCUCUGCGGUCUAUGAAGAGACCUAUCCGAUGAAAUCAAGCUUGGUUGUCGAAUAUAUCAUCCGAUUUGCUCUUGGAUUCUGCCUGCCUCUGACCUUGCUCCUGUUUUGUUCUCAGUGCACUUUCAAUGCAGUCAAAGACAGCACAGCCACAGUGAGCACAGAGAAAAGGAAGAUUGCAAGACUCUUGCUGCGGCUGCUUCUGGUCUACACCAUCAGCUUCGGGCCAUACCAGAUUGUAAUGCUCAUCCGCAGUCUCAUUGAGCCAGGAAACUGCAAUUUUGCCCAAAAAAUAAACAUCUUUUACAAAGUGUCCUUUGCACUUACUGGCCUUAGUAGUGCCGCUGACCCCAUCAUCUACUGCUUGCUUUGUGACAGUGCCAGACAGGAUAUUAGGAACUUGUUCACAGCCAUGAAGAUCAUAGAGUCAUAG